AUGAAAAUAACUGCGUUAUUGGUGUUAAAGUGCCAGCCGGAAGGAUCCGAUCCCAUAAUACUGGCCAAUGCAUCCGACGUGAGCCAUUCCGGUUUCUUCCAAAGGCCAAGCGUCAGGGAGUUCAUCAUCUUCGUCUCUCGAACCAUCGGCAAACGAACCUCUCUCGGUCAGCGCCAGUCCGUCCAGCACGAAGAGUGCAUGGUACAUUCUUACAACAUAAAUGGACUUUGUGCAAUUGGAUUUAUGGAUAAUCAUUAUCCUGUUCGAAGUGCUUUUUCGCUUCUCAACCAGGUGGUGGAUGAAUAUCAGAGAAAUUUUGGGGAAUCAUGGAGAACUGCAGAAGUUGAUAGCACUCAAAUUUGGCCCUAUUUGGAUGAGGCUUUGACCAAGUUUCAGAACCCUGCAGAGGCUGAUAAAUUAUUGAAAAUUCAGAGGGAGUUGGAUGAGACUAAAAUCAUCCUUCAUAAAAUAAUUGAUAGCAUACUUGCACGAGGUGAGAAGCUGGACAGUUUAGUUGAAAAGAGUUCAGAUCACAGUGCGGCAUCUCAGAUGUUCUACAGUCGAGCUAAGAGUAACAAUCAAUGUUGUAGUAUACUGUAA